CCUGCACAAAUAUGGCGCCGCCCCCGAAGGGGGGGAGAGAAAGGGGUGGGGUUCUUUUUACAGGAAGUGACGUUUUGUUGUUUCCGGAAGUGGCUGUCAGGGAGGAUGGAGUCAGAGGGCUACAAGGUGGUCUUUGAGAAAGACAGCGUCUUUCUACACACAAGUGCCAAGCGGCACCAGGACCAGGACUCACUCAUCCCUGGAGUCAUCCGCAUCGUCGAGAAGGGUUCGGACACCGUGCUGCAGUGGACACCAGUGGAGGAGGCUGGUGAUGCCCCCCAGAUUGUUUUCUCCAAGAAGGAUCUCUCAGGCAGCACAACAGAAGAAGUUCUCUUCGACCCUGGCUAUGAACCCGACUGGGCUGUCAUAAGCACUGUGGGGACUCGGCCACGCGUCCAGGAUGAGCCCCCAGUCCCUGUGGCCCCUCCGCCCAGCCCCCGGGGGCAAUGGGCUUUCUCCAUCAGCCUGUCAGAGCUGAAGUCCAUCCGCAAGAGCCGUCCGGGCCUGGGCUGGUCGUACCUCAUCUUCAUCACCAAGGACGGGGUGUCUCUGCAGGCACUGCACUUCCACCGGGGUGGCACCAAAGCCCUGCUGCGGGCUCUCUGCAAGUACCUCAUCCUGGCCACCUCCCCCAAGGACUCGCGCCUCUAUCUGGUGUACACGCAUGACUCCUAUGCUCUCUCGCACUCCUUCGAUGAGCUGCAGCUCUUUGAUGACAACUCCUCCAACCUGGUGUCGCGGUUUCUGCAGGACCCCUAUACUGCCGCUUUUGGGGGCUUUUCCAAAGUCACCAACUUCUUCCGUGGGGCCCUGCACCAUGAGGACGGCACUGCCCAGAGGGCCCUGGGUGACCCUUCUGCAGGCCUGGAGGAUGAGCCAGGCUUCGAGGUCAUCACCUGCGAAAAUUCCUGGUGGAGAGGGGCAGUGCCAGCCAAUGGGCUUCCUUGGCAGAUGGGGGUGAGACUGCAGGUGCAACUGGGGGAGCGACCAGUGGUGCAGCGGGAGCCCCCAGUGACGGAGCUGGAAUGGGAGCAGCACCUAGACCCUGAGGGGCGCGUCACCAAUGUUGACAGGCUUCGCAGGCGCAUCUUUGCUGGGGUGAGUGGGGCACAGGCUGGAGAGGGCCUCAGCACAGGGCUGCGCAAGGACGUAUGGAAGUACUUGCUGGGUUACUACAGCUGGGAUAACACGAGCGAGGAGAACCGAGCUCAUGUCCGCCGGAAAACGGAUGAAUAUUUCCGCAUGAAGCUGCAGUGGAAGUCGGUGAGCGAGGAGCAGGAGCAGCGCAACUCCCUGCUGCGUGGCUAUCGCAGCCUCAUCGAGCGGGACGUGAGCCGAACUGACCGCAACAACAAAUUCUACGAAGGCAGUGAGAACCCAGGGCUGGUGCUGCUAAAUGAUGUCCUCAUGACGUACUGCAUGUACAACUUUGAUUUGGGGUACGUGCAGGGCAUGAGCGACCUGCUGUCGCCAGUGCUGUAUGUAACACAGAAUGAGGUUGAUGCUUUCUGGUGCUUCUCCGGCUUCAUGGAUCUUGUGCACCAGAACUUCGAGGAGAGCCAGGAGAGCAUGAAGCGGCAGCUGGCCCAGCUCACCCAGCUCCUGCGCCUGCUGGAUCCCCUGCUUUGCGACUUCCUGGACUCCAAGGAGUCUGGCACCCUCUGCUUUUGCUUCCGCUGGCUCCUCAUUUGGUUCAAACGGGAGUUUGCCUUCACUGAUGUGCUACAGCUCUGGGAGGUGCUGUGGACGGGGCUGCCCUGCCCCUGCUUCCACCUGUUGGUGGCCUGCGGGAUCCUGGACUCAGAACGCGAGGCCCUCAUGAACUCAGGCUUUGGCUUCAAUGAGAUCCUCAAGCACAUCAACGAGCUGACUAUGAAGAUGAACGUGAAUGACAUCCUGUGCCGGGCCGAGGCACUCUACAGGCAGUUGGCAGCCACCCCGGAGUUGCUGCGGCCUGUGCAGGAGCUGCUGGGCCUGGGUGCAGGUGCCUCGCCUUCCCACAGUGCCAGCUCAGAUCCUGCCAGCUCUCCCCAGCCGCUGUCGCCUGGCCAGGCCCCGGAGUUGGAGCUGGCUGACAGCAUCCCGCCCAGCCAGCCUGACAGCAGCAUUGAGAUCCUGCCCACCGAGGAUCCCAGCCCCUGCCAGAGCCCCUCGCCCUGAGCCUCCACCCAGGAGGGGCUGCCCGUCGCUCACACAUGCACUUUAAUUGUGGGGAGUAGGGGGGAAGGAUGGGGGGGGGGAAGGUCUCAAAGAAGAAUAGGGGGCAUCUUAGGGACAGGGGGCAGCUCCCAGCGUGCCCUGGGGCCUGGCUGCAGCUCCCAGUGUGCCUUGGGGCUUGGGCAUGAUUCCCAGAAUGCACUGGAAGCCUUGUCCUCAUUCCCAGGAUGACUUGAGGCUGGGCUGAGGGCAUGUCUCCCAGCAUGCCCUGUGGCCCAGAGGCCUUACUUCAACAUCUUCCUGCAUGGGGAGGAACUAGUGACCUACCUGUGCUGUUCACCCUUCUUCCCCCGCCCCCCACACACACACACAGUGCCCCAGGGCAGGCUGUGUCCCCUCCUCUGCCUGGGAGGCAGACCAAAGAUGCCCCUUAGCCCGUACCUCCCCAGCCAUGGGAGCCAGGAUGCCUGGGUUCUCUCCCCACUCGGUGGGGUGGGAGGGGAUGAAACCAGGGCAUUGGGAAUCUGGAUGCUUGGGUUCAGUACACACUGCCCCCCCACCAGUGCCCUCACCCAGCCCCUUGGCAACUGUUGGCCCUGUGUGUGCUGACAGGGGUGUUUCCCCAGUAGGGGGGGCAGGAUCUGGGCCAUUGCAGCUGCCUCUAGGAGCAGCAUCUGUCUGACUUCCCCCCAGGACUAUGCCCGCCCCAUCUGUAAGCUUGGUAUGAUGUGAAGGGCUUGAUGGAGCUGGGGUCCAAACUACUCCCCGUACCCAGUGGGGGAGGGCAGGAGGUGCUCUGGCCAUGCACCCCCUUUUGCAGCUGGGAGGGCCUGGCUGCUCCCAACACUGACAGCCUGAGGGGGUCACUGGGCCUGGCCCCUUUAACCCUCCCCUCCACCCCCCUGCUUUAGGGGUAGGUGAGACUCAGGUCUUGCCCAAGAGUGGGGCAGGAUGUGACCUGGGGGGGAAAGCCCCUUCCCCCAUUUGCUUUCUUUGUAACAUGCAUUAAAUACAAAGUGUUGUUGGUUU